GUGAGGGGGUGUACGGAGGGAGGGGCUUUAAGAGAAAGAAAAAAGGGAAGGUGAAGGAGAAGAAUUCAUUAGACUGAGAGAAAAUACACCAGAAGGCUGCUGGAGAGAAGAUCUCAUUCAAGACGUGAGCAGAAACCAUUCAGACUGCCGUCAAACAGGGUGAAGAUGUUGCUGUGGUCACAGGUCACUUUCCUCCUCCUCCUCUGCGUGAUGGAGUCGGUUCGUGCCACAUCUGUCAGUCCGUCAUUGCUUCGGCCUUCCAUCACACGUGUUCGCGUUAUCGAGGUCGAGGACUACGAUGACGUAAGCUCAAAGACGACGAUCACGCCCCAGUUGUCCGGGGUCACCACCUCUCGUGUAAUAUCCCGACCUUGUGAUUAUGACCCCUGUGUGGUUCAAACCACCCCCUGCGACAAGAUUUCAGCCCAGACGGGUUGCCUCUGUCCUGGGCUGACGGGCCCAGAGGAGAGACCUGGGGCCCCGGAGCUCCGUGAGGUGAAGCUGGGCGGCUCCGGGGAAGUGCUUGUGCAUUGGUGCGCUCCCCGCUCCACCGUCACUCAUUAUGAAGUCACACUGAACGGCAGAAAAGAGCAGCUGAGUUUUGGAGAAAAUCUAAGGAAUGGUGCCAUACCCGGACUGAAAAUUGGGGAGACGGUGUGUGUGGCGGCUAGGAAUCAAGCAGGGCUCAGUGAAAAGUCCUGUGCCCGAUACGAUCCACCGACACCCGACCAAGCCGCCCUGAGCGCAGGGAUCAUCGCGGGGUCUGUCGGAUUCCUGCUGCUGUUUUUGGUGCUCGCUGUUGUACUAUGGAAACGGAGGACGUGUCGAAAGGGCGGGAUGGGAGAAGCAGAGGGCCUCGGCAAUCCUUCAUACACCAGUGAUGGAGCGCUGUGAACAGCAUACAGAUGCAAACAUUUCAAAAGCAUGGAGCGAAUGAAACAAGCUGCAAAAAGACUGCAAUUUGUACUGGUCAAAAGUUUGGAAUAAUUAUGAUUUUUUAAUGUUUUUGAAAGAAGUCUCUUCUGUUCACCAAGGCUGCAUUUAUUUGAUCAAAAAUACAGUAAAAUCAUCAAAGCUGAAUUUUCAGUAUCAUUACUCCAGUUUUCAGUGUCACAUGAUCCUUCAGAAAUCAUUCUAAUAUUUUGAUUCAGCAAUUAUUAAUCAUGAUUCUUAUUAUUAUCAAUGUUGGAAACAUAGUUUUUGCUGCUUCAUAUUUUUAUGGAAACCGUGAUACUUUUUUCAGGAUUCUUUAAUGAAUAAAAAAGUAAAAAAAAAACAGCAUUUAUUUGAAAUAUAAUAUUUUGUAACAAGCAGUAAAUCAGCAUAUUAGAAUGAUUUCUGAAGGACCAUGUGACUCAGAAGACCGAAAAUUCAACUUUACUGCAUCAAAUAAAUGCAGGCUUGGUGAUCAUAUAAGACUUCUUUCAAUAACAUUGAAAAAAUCAUAAUUUUUUCAAACUUUUGACCGGUAGUGUAUAGAGCACAGUUGUUGUGCCUCUGACUGAAAAUAAUGCUUGUUAUUUUAAGUUCACUACUUAACCGCUGUGAUUGGUUCUGAAUGAUUUUUAUUGUGUGAUUGUGAUUGGUUUGAAUAUUUAAAGUCAACAUGGAAUCUGAAUCGUCCGUGUUUACUUCCAUAAUCCACAUUUGUGGUCUUAUUGUGAUCGAUUCAUAGGUGCAUGUUACUCUAAAGAAAUUUGGAAUUUGCAUUUGUAAAUCUCUCAUCAAAACAAUAAUUGCUUCACUUUCCAAAAAGCCUCUUUCAAAGUGAAUGCAUUCAUGUUUAACUUAUUAUAAACACUUCAUAUCAAUUCCUGAUGGACAACAUUUUUUCAUCAUUAAAAUAUCACAUUAUGGAAGUAACAUGUGUUUUGAUUGCCAUUUCACGCCGACUUUAACACUACUAAUGGUUCUUAGGAAGCCUGGCGCUUCAUUAAGCUAGACAGGGUUUUAAAGUAUCUGUUGUACAGCUACUUAGAGAGUAUGUGUAACUGCUGAAAAUUAUUGAUGAUGUUUUUAACUAUUGAGAGUUUUUCAAUAAAGCUAUUUUAACUGCA